UUCAUUUUGUUCUCUGAACUGAUAAUAACAUAUUAACAUACAAGAUUACUAUUGUGGAAGAUGUACAAACUAAUACCUCUCGUGUUAUUAUUGUUACUAGCCAUUCAUGCGUACACCUAUGUCUCAGCUGUCCAUCUCCAACCCGAUUCUAUGACAGUAACUGAGGUAGAUUUCCCCGGUUGGCGGCGAGAGCUUCGAGGCGGAGGUGGCGGAGGAAGCAGUGGUGGUGGAAGUGGUGGCGGUGGAGGAGGUCGUGGUGGUGGUGGAGGUGGCAGCAGUGGUCGAGGGGGAGGUAGUGGUGGCGCUGGAAAUGGUCGAGGUGGUAGCAGCAGCCGAGGAGGAGGUAGUGGUGGUUCUGGGGAUGGAGGAUCUUCUGAGAGCGGUGGAAGCGGCAGAGGGGGGAAUGGUAAUGGCGGUGGUAGCAGCGGUGGCGGCCACAUUACAAGAAGCGGCGGUGACUGCCUCAAACACCGUGGCUUGACGAGUACUCUAUUAUCUAUCGUCUUCAUAAGCUGUUUGAUUCUUAUACGUUAAAACAGUAAUUACAUGUAAUUAAAAAUAGACUUUCAGAACAAUGUCUAUGGUGCUAAAGUUUGCUUUAUUGUACAAUUGUAAUGUAUUGUGUUUUGACUAUAUUCUUUU